AUGUCCCUCGCCUCCGCCGCCUCCUCGCUCGCAUCCGAGCUCGCAUCCAACAUCUCCGCGCUCUCCGCCACGACGCCGCACACAUCCGCCAUCACGCGCACCUUCACUGACGAAGCGGGCUCGCCCAGCGUCAUCAGCCUGAGCAUGGUAUCAUCACCACCACCCGCCACGACCACCCCUGGCCCGGAGAUCGCAACCGUCGCUGUGUACGGCGACGACUCGAGCGUGCUGACGUCGUACACGACGACGUUUCUGCCGCAAGGCACUGGUGCUGCUGCUGCUGCUGCUGCUGCUGGCGGUGGAUGGGGUGGAAAGUUGGGGGAACUGGUGGGAGGGCGGGAUGGGACGGCGGUUGCGGUUACGGUUUUCUUUGGUGUGCUGGUGUUUGCGAGGUUUAUUGUUGGUGGGAGGGGUGCGGCUAGGCCGGCGGUGGGGGCAGCGGGGGCGCGGGGAGGAGAGGGGAGGGGUGGGCAGUGA